UCUAAUUCGUUCGGGCGCAUUUCAUAAAUUCAGUGUUAUUUUCCUUGUAGAUAAGUUACAUUUAUAAUUAGACUACCUAGAUGUAGGUCUCUCUAAAACCAAUCCUUAGAUAUCAAUAACAAAGUUGAAAGCACCCUGUGCACGAAAUUUUUCGCAAUUUGGGCGCCAUCUUGUUUUUAUUUUUUUUGUGUCGAAACGUCUGUAAUCUUUCUCGCUUUUACUUACCUACAACGUUUCAAUCUUUUGUUCGAAAUUUUAAUUGCAAUAGCGUAAUACGCGAGCAUUUUGAGCUGAAUAUAUAGAGGGUAGUAAAGGAACAAAUGUAUCAAGAGUCUCAAAAACAAUGUGCCUUCCGUGUGGAUCUAAUGUGUAUUUGAAGCUCCUUCGACGUUCAUUGUUCAGAAAAAGAUUGAAGGCGCGGAGUCAGAAAAAAUACCAAAAGUUCGGUGGUCGAGACAAGUUCAGAGUAUUAUGGCGUCGUCAGCGGUAAUUUGGCUCACAUUAUGCACACUCAUUGGAUCGUGCUCUUCUUUCAACUUACCAUACGAAUACCACGGUUAUUGUACAAAUAUGUUCAUUAAUAGACUAAGCUUACUCCACAAAUUGCAAAACUGUACGAUAAUACUGGGGGAUUUGAAGAUAACAUUACUGGAGAGGACGAACAGGAGUCACUUUAAGAACGUCAGUUUUCCAAAUUUGAAGGAGGUCACAGGAUUCGUAGUGAUGUAUAGAGUUUUUGGUUUAGAGUCAGUGGGAGAACUGUUUCCCAAUCUAAUGAGGAUACGAGGCAACACGCUUAUAACUGACUAUGCUCUGAUCAUUAAUGACAUGCCCAAACUAAGAGAGAUAGGUCUUUCAAAUCUGCUUAAAAUUGACAGAGGCGGAGUAAUCAUAUGGACUGGUCCGUUGACAUGUUACGUAGAUUCCGUGAAUUGGGGUGUUAUUGCCCCAAACGCAAGACACGUUCUUAGUGCCAUGGACCCUUAUAAUAGCUGCAAAACCAUACCUUGCACAUGUUCAACUAAUACCUCCACCAACUAUUGCUGGAAUAACAGGAAAUGUCAGCGUUUCCUCGAAGGGCCCGAGGCUGAACAGUGUAGCCCCGAAUGUAUUGGAUGUCGCAAAACUGAUGCUAAGAAUUGUUCCUUGUGUCGAUAUUUUACGUAUCGAGGGAUGUGUGCGCCAACGUGCCCGGACGGAACGAUUGUACUAACAGACAGUAAUUACUGUGUGACAAUAGAUGAAUGUAGACAUUUGGACCGCUGGCCGUGGAGCAAUAAAUGUGUUUCCGAUUGUCCUGAAAACUAUGUCAGAUUUACUAAGUCAGGAUUGGUAACUUGUAAACCAUGUGAUAAUUGUCAUAAGACUUGUUACAACUUAACUGUGCAGACUUUAGCGUCGAUCCAAGCAGCUGCUAAAUGCGUCUACGUAAAAGGCUCUUUAACUAUUCAUAUAAGAGCUUUACCAGAGGCUAUGAACGAGCUUAGAUAUUAUUUGAGGAGCAUCCAAGAGGUAUCGGACUUUAUAGAAAUACGAGGCUCAAUUGUUGUGACGUCUUUGGAGUUCCUUCCAGCCCUGAGGCGUAUUCGUGGAGAAAAUUUGUAUAAUAAUAAAUAUAGUUUGGUGGUUCAUGAUAUGCAAAAUCUUCAAACGUUGUUUCCUCAAAACGUCACGGAAAAUUUAAAAGUAGAUAGAGGCACGAUGUCAUUUUACAGAAACCAGAUGCUGUGUAUGAAUAAAAUUGAAAAACUAAUUCGUGUGUUUCCGAAAACGCCUAGUUUAUUGGACAUACCUCAAGGGUUAAACGGUUACAGUGGGAGCUGUGAUGAAGUGUCUCUAAACUUGACAAUAAACGUGAAAAACGAGACUGCCGCCAUAGCCAAAUUUUACCCCCAAGCUGGAGCAAAUAUUCACUAUACCAUUUUAUACGUAAAGGUUCCUCAUGGCUUACACAGUAUAGCCGUCCCUGAAGCUUGCAGUGAAUCCGACUGGAAUGCUGUUAGCAUUCACACACCUGUCGACCAUGUAGUAGAAUUGGAAUUAACAUCUCUUGCUCCAGCUACAACCUAUGCUAUUUGUAUUGAAAAAUACGAUCCUACGCAUCGUCACUUGGCAAGAAGUUCAGUAGAGAAGUUUACAACGCUAGUUGGAAAACCCAAACCACCUUUCAUUAUUGAAUUGGCCGCUUCACUAUCUGAAGUUGUCGUCAUCCGAUGGGUAGAUCAUUUAGACUAUCUUCCAUACAUUGUUAGAUAUGAAUUAGACGUAAUGUUGAUUGAUAUACAUAAUGCUGAUAUUAAUUCGCGAGAUCACUGUUCGAAUAAUAUAUACGAUUGGGAAGAAGAUUAUUCAGUACACGCAAGAGUGAUGAGGCCUCCAAAGAAUUAUGACAAGAGUUGUGAAUCAAUGUGCGGUAUGUUAUCAAUGGUCACCAUUGGGGCCAUGGUAGAUGAAUACUUUGAUGUGUGUCAUAUUCUUCGUGAUUGUGACUAUGAUACCGAGAGACCAAAGAACGCGACAAUGGGCCCGUAUAUUAAGAGUUUAGUUUUAAAUUUGAUUGGUACAAGAAAAAGUUUUCAAAUUGGGGGAUUGGCGCCGUAUAGGGAUUAUCGUUUUCAUUUGAGAGCAUGUACGAAGGACGAGUGCAGCCAAUCUGCCCGGAGCGUUGUUAAAACAUUGAAGUCGAUGAAUGCUGAUAUACCUACUAUUACAUUUCUCAGUGCAAAUGAAGUCGGUUAUGUUUCUGUAAAAUGGGACCCACCUAGUACUAUAAAUGGUAUAGUAUUGUCUUACACAGUAGAAGUUUCCCCAGCGAUUAAGUUUAAUGAUUAUAGUUCCCUCCUUCCACAUGCCGUCUGCGUUCCUGGAAACAUAACAAGUUUGGUAGUUGAGUCACAAAUUGCUAAUAAAUAUAUUGUGCGACUGUGCGCUAAAACCCUUGCCAAUAGUUAUUCAUGCGAUGAGAAGAAGAAAGUAGUUGUUCAAACGCUAGUGAGCCCGAGCUGGUGGUUAACAGGCGUUCUUUUUGGAAUUUUUAUAAACGUGUUUUCUUUUAUAAUCGGUUGGCGAUGGAAAGUUAGAAGCAAUGUAACAGAUGAUGUUCCACUGGUUGAUGCUACAUCUAUGUAUCGUAAUGAAAGUGAACCGCCUGCUAUAAUGAUGUCAGAUUUUGCACCAAUUUAUAGUAUACCUCUAAGAGAUACUGUUCUAGAAUAAUGUGUACCAAAUGGUAAACAAUGAUAAGAGAUUUCAACUAUGGUAAGAGUUAGGAUAAAGAAUAUAAUGACAAUAAUGUAUUUACUAGUCUUAACUGUCGAUAAUGAAUAAACAC